CUCUCCAUUGGCUGGGGCGGAAAGGGGUGGGACCCACCGGGAGGCUGAUUCUUUAAACAAACUUUUCAGUUGGACUGCCUGCUUCCCUUCCUUUGCUGUGUCGGACCCAGACAAAAGGUGUUUGAAGGACUCCCAAAUACUUUUACCUGAAGCCAAGGCCCAGAUCCAGACGCCACCAUGUCGAGCAAGCGUGCCAAGGGAAAGACCACCAAGAAGCGCCCACAGAGGGCCACCUCCAACGUGUUCGCCAUGUUCGACCAGUCCCAGAUCCAGGAGUUCAAGGAGGCGUUCAACAUGAUCGACCAGAACAGAGACGGCUUCAUUGACAAGGAGGAUCUCCAUGACAUGCUGGCCUCCCUGGGUAAGAACCCCUCUGAUGAAUACCUGGAGGGGAUGAUGAGCGAAGCACCGGGGCCCAUCAACUUCACCAUGUUCCUCACCAUGUUUGGAGAGCGGCUCAAUGGAACGGACCCCGAGGACGUCAUCCGCAAUGCCUUUGCCUGCUUCGACGAGGAGGGAUCUGGUGUGAUCCACGAGGACCAUCUGAGAGAACUGCUGACCACCAUGGGCGAUCGCUUCACAGACGAAGAGGUGGACGAGCUGUUCCGCGAGGCACCCAUCGACAAGAGGGGCAACUUCAACUACGCAGAGUUCACCCGCAUCCUCAAACACGGCGCCAAAGACAAGGAUGAUGAGUAGAGGGGAGGAAGAAAGUGCCUCAGGCCCCCACACACAUAACACCCCACAAAUCAAUCCCGAGUUCCUACCUUUGUGCACCUCCAUGGGUUUUAGAGAAAUUGAAUAGGAAAGCAUGUAGGAAUACUGCGUCUCUUAUAAAAGGGCAGAAGUUAAGUGUGUUGCCUUUCAUAAGCUCUGCACAUUUAUCAAAGGUAGAAACUUCGGAUUCAAAUACGCUGCAAUACACCACUUUUCAGUUUUUAAUCAUCAUUGCAGAUUUUUAUAUCCGUGAAGAGAGGCGUAUCACAGUAUGUACAUCUCAUAGCUACAAGUACUACAGCAACUUCAUCCGCUUUGACUGCAGCUGCUUCGACCUGUUGAAGGGAACCUGGUGUGUGUGUGUGUGUGUGGGGGGGGCUGCUUGGACUGCCAGAUUCAUGCUACAUCCAGUACCGGCCAUGUUUACCUCUUCCUGCCAAUUAGCGACCAUGCCCGCACAAGCACGGCUCUCCUUCUCUGUAACGUGUGUGUCCCUGUAUGUUGGAAAAGGACGAGCAAAUGGUGAUUGUGUUUAUUCAUUUUUUUGACAAUCAAAAGUGGUGAGUACUUACACGUGAUGAAAUGGUUACUAGAGGUUUUAGUCUAAACACAACUCCUUCGCCCCAUUGGCCGUUAGUGUUUUACAAAGGAACAGGUAUGUUUAUGCUGUUGAAAGAAUUCAGUCUUGAAAUUGCUCAGGCAAAUAAAGUAAUUUCGUUCAUGCCGUUGACCGCAAAA